AUGUGGCUGUGCCUGGCCGACGGCCGCGCGCGCAGCACCGCCGACCUGAAGCGCCUGGCGACAGCCGCUCGGGUGCGAGCGAAACGAGCAAGAGAUGCAGCCGCCGCGAACACGCGCGAUCGGCAGGCGCGCGACCAGCGCCGCCGGCAGCGUGAGCAGCACGACCGGCGCGCAGCGCCGGCGGUCGCCAAGACCGUGCGCCCACAACGCGGCCAGUGCGGCUGCCCGGCGCACGCGGUGUGCGGCAUGUGCGUCGACCAGGGCAAGCUCGCCGCGGCCGAGCAGGCGGCCAUCGACCUGGAGACGCGCUUCCACGCCUCGACGAACGUCGUCAUGGACCUGGAGCGGCCCGAGGACGAGACGGCGGCGCUGCUGCAGCGCUGCGUGCACUGGAGCGACGAGCGCAUGGCGCACGCGCUGCCGCUGCACGCAUGCGCCUCGUGCGGCGUGCGGGACCCGUCGCUGACGUACACGCGGGUUGACGUGUCGGCGCUGCCGCGCACUGUGUCU